AUGAAUAAAGACUUCCAGCAUCAAAUAUUGACACUCCAUGUGUGGAUAAGAACAUAUUGGAAAGAUGAAUUCGUAAAUUGGAAUCCUAAAGACUUUGGGGGAUUAGAUAGGAUCAGUGUUGACGCUGACAAACUUUGGGUUCCCGAUAUCAAGCUCUACAACAGUGCUUCCCACAAGCAAAGAGAUGGGUUGACCUCUGAGCUAAAAAAGAGUCAGAUAGUUAUAGAUCACAGGGGAGAAACAAGAUGGAGCACCCCAGCAAUCAUCUCAUCGUCCUGCAAAGUUGACGCACCACAUUUUCCGUUCGAUGAUCAACAAUGCAUGCUUGAAUUUGGAUCUUGGGUUUUUGAUGCCAGUAAAAUGGACAUGGAUAUCGUCAGCCCGUAUGUUGACAAAGAGAGCUACUCUGAAAAUGAGGAGUGGAGUUUUUAUGAAAACAAAAUUGAACGUCAUGCGAGGAAAUACAACUGCUGUCCUGCUCCUUAUCCAGUGGUGGAGGUCACGGUAUCCAUGAAGAGAAGGCCUGCUUUUUUUAUGUAUAAUUUGAUCAUCCCUUGUGGACUCAUCACAGUUGUUUCACUCUUUUCGUUUAUUUUGCCACCAAAUUCAGGAGAAAGGGUGUCUUUCAUAAUGACUGUGCUGGUAGCUUUGUCGGUUUAUAUGAUGAUAGUGAAUGACGAAAUGCCGCAUUCUGCAGAAACAUCGUUGUCCUCACAGUUUUUCCUUUUUGUAAUGGUAGAGCAAGUCCUUUCUGUUGUGGCAUCAUGUUUUGUCAUAAGAUUCCACAACAACGAAACACCAUUGCCAAAGUGGUUCGAUACUCUAGUAAAUAAAUGGAUUGCAAGACUGGUUUGGAUGUAUGAAGAAAAUAAUUGCACAGUGGUUCCUUGGGAAAAGGGAAACGAUUUGUUCAUUAAAAGAUCUGAUYCAUUUGUAAUGGACAAUAAUGGCUACAAACAUGAAGAUCCUCAAAAKAAGAUAAGCGAAAUCGCCCAAGAAAURCCUGAARCCAAAAGCUCUCUGACAAGUACCGAAGCAAGGAUGGAAUUGAAAGAACUUGUCAAGGAGGUUKCUGUCCUUUCUGACAAGUUUCGGGWGAUGAAUACGAAGGAAAAAGUMCAGRAUGAAUGGUCWAGAGCUGCAGCUGUUUUAGAUAGAUUUUUCCUUUUCCUACUUCUCGCCAUUACCAUCAUUUCUGACUUCCAGCAUCAAAUAUUGACACUCCAUGUGUGGAUAAGAACAUAUUGGAAAGAUGAAUUCGUAAAUUGGAAUCCUAAAGACUUUGGGGGAUUAGAUAGGAUCAGUGUUGACGCUGACAAACUUUGGGUUCCAGAUAUCAAGCUCUACAACAGUGCUUCCCACAAGCAAAGAGAUGGGUUGACCUCUGAGCUAAAAAAGAGUCAGAUAGUUAUAGAUCACAGAGGUGAAACAAGAUGGAGCACCCCAGCAAUCAUCUCAUCGUCCUGCAAAGUUGACGCACCACAUUUUCCGUUCGAUGAUCAACAAUGCAUGCUUGAAUUUGGAUCUUGGGUUUUUGAUGCCAGUAAAAUGGACAUGGAUAUCGUCAGCCCGUAUGUUGACAAAGAGAGCUACUCUGAAAAUGAGGAGUGGAGUUUUUAUGAAAACAAAGUGGAACGUCAUGCGAGGAAAUAUAACUGCUGUCCUGCUCCUUAUCCAGUGGUGGAGGUCACGGUAUCCAUGAAGAGAAGGCCUGCUUUUUUUAUGUAUAAUUUGAUCAUCCCUUGUGGUCUCAUCACAGUUGUUUCACUCUUUUCGUUUAUUUUGCCGCCAAAUUCAGGAGAAAGAGUGUCUUUUAUAAUGACUGUGCUGGUAGCUUUGUCGGUUUAUAUGAUGAUAGUCAAUGAAGAAAUGCCGCAUUCUGCAGAAACAUCGUUGUCCUCUCAGUUCUUCCUCUUUGUAAUGGUAGAGCAAGUCCUUUCUGUUGUAGCAUCAUGUUUUGUUAUAAGAUUCCACAACAACGAAACACCAUUGCCAAAGUGGUUCGAUACUUUUGUAAAUAAAUGGAUUGCAAGACUGGUUUGGAUGUAUGAAGAAAAUAAUUGCACAGUGGUUCCUUGGGAAAAGGGAAACGAUUUGUUCAUUAAAAGAUCUGAUYCAUUUGUAAUGGACAAUAAUGGCUACAAACAUGAAGAUCCUCAAAAKAAGAUAAGCGAAAUCGCCCAAGAAAURCCUGAARCCAAAAGCUCUCUGACAAGUACCGAAGCAAGGAUGGAAUUGAAAGAACUUGUCAAGGAGGUUKCUGUCCUUUCUGACAAGUUUCGGGWGAUGAAUACGAAGGAAAAAGUMCAGRAUGAAUGGUCWAGAGCUGCAGCUGUUUUAGAUAGAUUUUUCCUUUUCCUACUUCUCGCCAUUACCAUCAUUUCUUGUAUUAAAAAGAAAGGCGCCGAAAAUUUAAAAGAAUACAGAGAAUUACAGUCAUUUCCAAAAAAUUUGGUCAGGCGUAAAAACUAUAUCUAG